GUAUCAUGGAUACGGUCCCGUGACUUGCACCUGCUGACGGUGGGACGGUUCACGUACACGAGUGACGAUCGGUUCAAGGCGGUUCACCAGAAGGGUUCCGACGACUGGCUACUCAAGAUCCACUACGUGCAGCACCGCGACGCUGGCAAAUAUGAGUGUCAGGUAUCCACCACUCCACCACUCAGCCACUCCGUCUGGCUCUCCGUCGUGGAGCCCACGACGCUGGUACUGGGUGGGCCCGACCUGUACCUCGACGCUGGGUCCACGCUCAACCUGACCUGUGUGGUGCGCUUCAGCCCUGAACCACCGCCCUACAUCUUCUGGUACCACGAGGACAAGCUGCUGAGUUACGACGCAGGGCUGCGAGGCACGACGGUAGCGACGCGUCACGGCGGCGGAGGGUCGGUGUCGAGGCUGCUGAUCAGCGGCGUGGGCGCUGCACACUCAGGGAACUACACGUGUCAACCCGCCACUGCCCCACCCAGCUCAGUCAACGUGCACGUGCUUGAGAACGAGGAGCCGGCCGCCAUCCACCACAAAAACACGACAUCAUCGGGCGGCGGCGGCGGUGGCGGCGGCGGCGAGUCAGCAGCGCCUCUCAGUAACGGAAAACCUGCCAUGAAAGAUAGCGUCACCAAAGGAAGCUCCGGCAAUACAAGUGCCGAGGCCAAGAGUGCUCGAUCCUCCGAUACUUUAUCCUCGGCUCAUUCUCCUCCUGCGGCUGGAUCCUUGCCAGUCGUCCUGCCCGAUCAAAAGGAGGCUAAAUCAUUGGCGAAUAGCGCCGCGACGUCGACGUUAUUCAAAGAAUUUACGGUGCAUGGAUUUUCUGUCCCCGCUCUGUGUGGAGAAGGCAGAAUUGAGGUUGUACUGGGUUGCGUUGCGGUGUGGUUGUUGUAUAGUUGUGUGGAUGUGUGGAUGAAGUGUGGUCGUGUAGCUGGUAGAUGAAUAUUAUACUAAUGGUUUAGUCGUUACCGUAACGAUGCUCCUACAUUUGCGGUGCAAGUGAAUUUAGUUAUUUUCGUACCAGCGACUUCACUUCUCUGAUCUGCCGUUUGAUCCAUAAGAUAUGUCACUAUGAAUAUAAAUUAUCGGUUCAUUUCAUUGACCUAUGAUCGAUUACUAAAAGAGUGUUUCGGUUGGGGGUGGGCGUUACGAUAUUAUUUUUUGCAUUUGGCUGGAUUUGGACGAAAAUAUUGUAGGAUAUUGGUUAUUUUAGAGCUAUCUUUCCAGCCGUUUUUAAGAUUGUUCAAAAAUAUAACUACGAUUUGCUAGAUCUCCCGAUAGCUGCAAUAGAACGUCUUUUCUAAAGUGCAAAUCAUCGAUUUUCAUUGCCCACUCGUGUCAUACGGAUUAUAAUUUCUUUAUUAUUUCAUAUAUUAUCUAAAUAAAUGAACUGGUGUUGAGAACGUUAUUUAUUCUUUCAUAUUUAUAUGCUUAUUCAUUUGUGCAAGUCGAGCUUUGUUGUGAAAAUUAGGCUAAGGGUCAGGCUGUUGGGGUCAGUUCCUGAAAAUCUAAAAAAACUAAAAUAUCAACAACAUGUUAACAAUACCGAGAAAAUAACAGAAUCACUAACCAUACCAACAAAUGUACAUCCACACAGGAGCCUAAAUUUGUUCAUUAAUUCACAUUAAAUAUUUAUUUUCAACAACGAGGAUUUAUUUUUGUGUUGAUGCGCACGAGAAGCGAGGUCGCUAGUACGAUGCUCUAGACUUCACCAUCGCAAGUCCAUAGCAUUCAGAAGUUUGAUAUUUUUUCUACUAUUAAUUCAAUUUUCUAACCCGCUGAUUGUUUGUAAAAUAUGUAUAAAGGAUGAAUGUCUCUAUUUAUUGACGUUGGUGUAGCCUAGAAUGCUUCUUGAGCUGGACGGCUGCUUGCUGCUGCAUACGGCCAAGUUUAAGAGAAUUUUAUCUGUGCCGUAGAAAGAAUCCGGGUAUUUAUUUAUUUAUUUAAUAAUAUCAACGAAUAGGAAUUUGAAUUGUUAUUAGAAUUUUAUCUGUGCAGUAGAAAGAAUCCAAGUAUUUAUUUAUUUAUUUAUUUAUUUAUAUCAACGAAUAGGUAUUUCAAUUGUUGAUGUUCUAUCGGCGGAUUCUUUUUAAUUCCAUACUUUUUUACUUGGUUUUAGUUACGCAAUUUUCAAUUAUUAGUUUGUUUAGAGUUUUUCAAAAGUUCAAUUGAUUGUUUAUUAAAAAAGAAGCAAGUUUUCUUUAUUUUAGUUGUGAAUGAUCUAUAAAAAUUGUGUAUUUAUAUUUGUUGAGCUUAGAAUACCGAUACGGGAGUCAAUGAAUGAGGUGGAAUAUCUCAAUUUUAUGAUGGCCGAUUGACAUUUUGACAUGACAUUUCUAGGCUUCGGCUUGACCUUUUUGGUCUACAUGACAUUUGUGGCGUUCAAUGGUAAUCAAUCCUUAAAAUCGUAGAGUUUACCCUUAAUAUGCAGUUUUUAUCGACGAGCAGCGAGUUAAGUGCAGUCACUGCCGAGGGCGACUCAUUUGUCAUAUUUCUGACAGAGAUCAGGGGCUAUA